AUGUGGGGUCGGAAUCAAAUUCAGGAGACCGAAGCCUUUGUGUCAGAGGUGCGUGACAAUGAGGGUCAGCAGCGUGUGUGCCAGAGUCUUCUUGAGCUAUUGAUCCAUUACCCAGUGGCCCUGUUGAUUGGCAUUGGAAGUGUUUGUGCCACAGCCACCAUGUGGUUUGCACCUCCAUUUUGGACCAUCAGUGCCGUUCUUCAGGAUUUGGGUGCCUCGGAUGCCCUGUGGGUGGGAAAUUCCUGUCAGUUGGUCGGUCUAGCUGUGACACCCUUGGCUGGGUGGUUGGCGGAUCGAUAUGGUGUUGCAUGGACGACUUUCGUGGGAGCCAUUUAUGUGACUUUGGUGGGAUUCCCUGUAUACAUGUGGUUGACCCUGGAUUCCAGCCGUUCCGCUGCCUAUCUCGGCGUCGGUCUCUUCUUUGGCAUUGCCCAGGGAUUCAACGGCGCGACCAUCUAUUUGUUCUGUGCGGAACUCUUCCCUGCACGGCUCCGUUGUCAAGGGAUGGCGCUCAGCUACAACAUUGGUGUGAGCUUCCUGGGUGGAUUUGCAGCAGCAAUCUCCCAGGCUUUGUACCAGGUCUCCGUGCACAUUGCCCCAGGUGUCUACUGGUCCAUCACAGGAGUCGUUACCUGCUGCACGGUCCUUGCUGCUCUGUUUCUUCAACGUCGCAGCCUGGUGAAGCUCACGCACCGCCGAGACGAGCCAUAUUUCGGUGCCUGA